CUCACUCUUCAACGUUUUCCUUUACAGCAAUUUAUGGAUUAUCAACACAUUAUUGUGCUGUGGACAUGCACCCUCUGGCCAGAUCUUCACCUCUGCUUCAACUUUGACAAGAAGAACUAUAAGAUCUUCCAUGGCUCUAUAGAUGCUCAGUUUGGAUACACAGUCCAGCAGCACGAGGCAGGAGGACACCAAUGGUUGCUCGUUGGUGCUCCCUUUGAAUACACAGGACAGCUUCAAACUGGUGAUGUAUAUAAAUGUCCACUGGAUAUCAAAAGUUCUGCAAACUGCAGCCGUCUUGACCUGGGCAAACUUUCUCUGGACAAUGUGACAGAAAGGAAGGACAGGAUGGGACUAGGAAUGACACUGACCUCCAACUCCAAAGAUAACAGCUUUGUGACUUGUGGUCCUCUCUGGUCUCAUGAAUGUGGAAGUUCUCUGUACAGCACUGGAAUCUGCACUAAAGCCAACUGGAACUUCAGACUCACCCAGACCUUUGCACCUGCUCUACAGAGGUGUGAAACAUUUAUGGACAUUGUUAUCGUUCUGGAUGGUUCCAAUUCUAUUUACCCCUGGUAUGAGGUGCAGGACUUUAUCAUAAACAUCUUGCAGAGGUUCUACAUUGGCCCAGGUCAAACACAGGUAGGAGUUGUUCAGUAUGGCUCCACAGUAGUCCAUGAGUUCAGUUUAGGUGAAUACCAAACAGUGGAGGAUGUGCUAGAUGCUGCCAGAAACAUUGACCAACGAGGUGGAGAGGAAACGAGGACAGCACUGGGGAUCAAUGUGGCACGAUCGGAGGCAUUCCAGCGUGGCGGCAGGUCAGGAGCACAGAAGGUGAUGAUUGUGAUCACAGAUGGUGAAUCACAUGACAGUCCUCAGCUGAUGGAAGCUGUCAGUCAAAGCAAGAGAGAAAACAUCACCAUGUAUGCUAUUGCUGUUCUAGGUUAUUACAACCGCCGUGGAAUAAACCCAGAGACCUUUCUUAAAGAAAUCAAGUUUAUUGCAAGCGACCCUGAUGAGGAGCACUUCUUCAAAGUCACCGAUGAGUCAGCACUGAAGGACAUUGUGGAUGCUCUUGGAGAAAGAAUUUUCUAUCUGGAAGGCAUUAGCAGUCAGGGUCGGGGGUUUGAUCUGCAGAUGGCUCAAGCUGGUUUCUCUUCACAUUUAGUCAAUGAUGGUGUUCUGCUUGGAGCAGUAGGUGCUUAUGACUGGAAUGGUGCUGUGCUAAAAAAAACUAAACAUGGUAAAGUUUUUUCACCAAAAUCCUCCUACAAAGACGAGUUUCCAGAAGCCCUGAAGAACCAUGCUGCUUAUUUGGGAUAUUCUGUGGAUGCAGUUAUUUCACCUGAUGGCUCUCAGCUUUAUAUAGCUGGAGCUCCAAGGUUCAACCACACUGGCAAGGUCAUCAUUUUCACCAUGAAGAACAAUGGAAACCUCACUAUCCUGCAGGCACUUCUGGGACAGCAGAUUGGUUCAUAUUUUGGCAGUGGACUGUUAUCAAUGGACAUUGACGAAGAUGGCCAAACUGACUUUCUUAUGGUUGCAGCACCCAUGUAUUACAAUCAAGGCUUGGAGAGAGGAAGGGUUUAUAUAUACUCCAUGUCACUGGAGGCAAUCUUCAUCUUCCAUGGAGUGCUUGAAGUGUCCCAUCAUUCUCAAAACUCUCGUCUGGGUUCAGCACUGGCACAAAUAGCUGACAUGAAUGGAGAUGGAUUUAAGGAGCUUGUGGUGGGAGCUCCCCUAGAGGAUGACCAUCAGGGGGCAAUCUACAUCUUUCAUAGCAAAGACAAGAUGAUAGGACCACACUACAAACAGCGCCUGUCUGGAGCUGUUAUUUCAACAGGUUUGCAGUAUUUUGGUCAGAGUCUUCAUGGAGUUCUUGACGUCAAUGGCGAUGGUCUUGUUGAUUUAGCAGUGGGAGCACUAGGAGCUGUUAUCAUUAUCUGGUCCCGGGGCGUAGUGCGGAUUGAUGCCAAAAUGACUUUUGAACCGGAGAAGAUCAACAUCUUUAACAAGAACUGUCAGCGAGGUGGGAAGGAGGUCACUUGCAUGUCAGUUGCUGUCUGUCUGAGGGUAGACAGCAGGAUAAAAACCAAGCAAGAUAACAGAAAUGAAGUUGCUGUUUGGUACAGUCUGGUUUUUGAUGAGAAGCGUUUUCCCCCCUGGGCAGUCAUGGAUGAAUCACAUCGACAGCAGCCCAGAACUCUUUUUUUACACACUGGGAAUCAGAAAUGUGAAUACCUUGGCUUUUUUGUGCAGGACAUAGCAGAUUACAGGCGGCCUAUAGUGGUUGUUAUGGAGGCAGGACUUCAGAGCCAGGACAAGGGGCCAGUGUUGGAUCCAGACUGGCCGACAACCCUAAGAACUGAGCUUCCGUUCUGGAAUGGAUGUGAGGGGGAUACCUGCAUUCCUGACCUUAUACUCCACAGUCACACUGACCUUUUAAAUGUUCUGCAGUUCUGCAGCACAUGGAAACAUGCCACCUACUCACUCUGCAACCAUCAAAAGGGAGAUGAAGAGAAAGUGUUUGUUUUUGAGAAUGGGCGGAGGAAAAUUACUGUGUUUGCUCAGCUAGAAAACCGGGGAGAGAAUGCAUACAGAGCUACACUCAACAUCUCCACUACCCCUAACCUACUUUUCUCCAGUCUCUUAGUCAAGGAACAAUCGGAUAUCCAAAUUGAAUGUUCCACUGAGAACAGAACAUCCUCCCUGAGGAGCUGUAACAUCAGUGCUCCAUUCAUGAGGUCACUGGCCCAGGUAACCUUCCAUCUGGAGUUGGAGAUCAGCCGUUCUAUCUUUCUUGAUUUUGUACAACUCAGCAUGGUAACUACUAGUGAGGGAAAGGAUGGAUACCCAGAUGACAACACCAAUAACAUCAGCCUCCCAUUAAAAUAUCAAGCUGACCUUCUCUUCACCAGAGACCCCAAUCCUCAUCGUUUUGAGAUCAGAGGUAGCCUUUACUCUUCGUCCGAAGAAGAACCAGAUACAGCCUUCCCUGCCUUCAACCUCACCUUUAAUGUUUGGAAUAUGGGCAUCUUCUUAGUAAAGGACAUCAUGUUAAAAGCUGAUAUCUGGGCUGUAACCAAGGAGGGCAAUCAGCUGGUGGCCAUUACUGACUACAGCAUUGAAGAGCAGGGAACAGAUUCCAGCUGCAUGCUACCUCAUACCAAAACAACCAUUCUAGGUAAACCAGAGGACCUAACUAAUCUCUCUCAGCUGAACUACAGUAACAGUGUGAGUAUACUGCUCCAGUGCAGACUCAGCCUGUCACCAUCCAAGGGGCUGAAGCUCACAUUCAUAGGAAGACUUCAGCUACCUGCUCUGCAUGCUGUGAGUUUCAGGUCCUUAGAGCUGCUGACUGUUGCCUCAAUCCAGCUUGAGAAGUCCAAUCCAAUGUUUCUUCAAGAAGACAACCUUGUUAUACAGACCAUCCUGGAUCUGAGAAAGGAGGGACACAACUCCAUCCCUAUCUGGAUUAUCCUGGGAAGCUCACUGGGAGGCCUGUUGCUGCUUUGCUUAAUCAUCUUUGGCUUAUGGAAGCUUGGAUUCUUCAAAACACAAAGACGUGAGGAAGAAGAGGAGCAGCCUGUAACCAAUGGGAAGGCAGAGAAGCAGCUAUAAAGCACGGUGAUAUUACAGUUUGAAUUUGGACAUGGAAUUCAAACCAAGCUUCAACCUGUCACUGACAGACCCUGAUGACAUCCAUUGCUGACUUACCAGCAAGGUGCAACUGUUUGCAUGUGAAACAAUUAAGAUUCAGCUUGCAGUUGAAGAAAGAAAUUACACAGUUCAUAUUUAAUAUAAGAACUAUUUAUGUACCAGCACCUCAGCUAGUCAGCUUCAGCUGUGUUCAGUAUUGAGGUUUAUUUCCAAAGACUGAUGGACUAUUCACAUUUUUUAUCUAAAUUCUCACUGUUCAAUUGGCCUAUUGAACAGUGAGAAACUACCCUUGAGGUUGAUAGGUAAAUGGGUGUCUUUGUUAAUAAAGUUGAGAUUAAAAUACACAUCAUUAGCCUCAUUGUAUAUUGCCUAAGUCCUAUUUGCCAAAAUGUUACUUAUAAAUUAUGUUAUGAGGCUAACAGCAUUUAACGUCAUUGACAGAGCUGUAUAUACAAAUAAAAUGCUGCUGCAACACUUUAUGUAUACAUAUAUGUAUAUAUAUAUAUAUAUACACUGCUCAAAAAAAUAAAGGGAACACUCAAACAACA